CUUUGUUUGGCGCCAAAGCGCGGAGCGGAGGCCGAGGCGAGAGCCUGGCGCUGUAGGACUAGAACGAAAGGAGUGAGGCACCGAGAGCGCAGAUACCAUUUCGGCGUGAGAGCUGGCGGUUGGCGAGGCCAGGGGAGUGGGAAGCGUCCGCCAUGUUCUGCGAAAAAGCCAUGGAACUGAUCCGCGAGCUGCACCGCGCGCCCGAAGGGCAGCUGCCUGCCUUCAACGAGGAUGGACUCAGACAAGUUCUGGAGGAGAUGAAAGCUUUGUACGAACAAAACCAGUCUGAUGUGAAUGAAGCAAAGUCAGGUGGACGAAGUUAUUUGAUACCAACUAUCAAAUUUCGACACUGUUCUCUGUUAAGAAAUCGACGCUGCACUGUAGCAUACCUGUAUGACCGCUUGCUUCGGAUCAGAGCACUCAGAUGGGAAUAUGGUAGCGUCUUGCCAAAUGCAUUACGAUUUCACAUGGCUGCAGAAGAAAUGGAGUGGUUUAAUAAUUAUAAAAGAUCUCUUGCUACUUAUAUGAGGUCACUGGGAGGAGAUGAAGGUUUGGACAUUACACAGGAUAUGAAACCACCAAAAAGCCUAUAUAUUGAAGUCCGAUGUCUAAAAGACUAUGGAGAAUUUGAAGUUGAUGAUGGCACUUCAGUCCUAUUAAAAAAAAAUAGCCAGCACUUUUUACCUCGAUGGAAAUGUGAGCAGCUGAUCAGACAAGGAGUCCUGGAGCACAUCCUGUCGUGACCAUGCACCGAGGCACUUCCAGGCUUCACUCAACUCAUGGACUCCUCUGUACUCACUCUCUCCACCCUCCCUUCACCUCCCUCUUUGAUUUUAGAAGCUAUAGACAUUAUUUAAGAUAACUAAGAAUACUUGGCUAAGAAGUAUAAUUUGCUAACUAUUAAGGACUUUCUUUUUUUAAGGUUGUACACUAUUCUUCCUACUCCUUUUUAAUUUUGGUUUUGUUUUGUAGAGACAGUGUCUCACUAUGUUGCCCAAGCUGGUCUCAAACUCCUGGCCUCAAGCAGUCCUCCCACCUUAGCUUCUCAAAGUGUUGAGAUCACAGGCGUGAGCCACUGCACCUGGCCCUUACUCCUUUUUCUAAUAAGCUGUAUCUAUAAUCACAGCAUUCCUACAGUUGUUAUAGUGUGUUUUUUAAAUGAAAGUAAACAUGGUUACAUUUGAAUCUCUUAAAUAAUCAGUCACUUGGCUGGACAGGAAGAAGGUAGAUCCUGUGUGUCUUGUUUUCUGGUCAUGGGUAUUGUACAAGCUAGAGAGCUGAAUUUCUGAGAUACACAUUUUCAAAUCACAUGAGCAAGUGAAGAUGAUGGUCUGUAGAAAUUUUCAGUACAUGUAAUGUUUAAUGACAUACUAAUUUAUCAUCUGGCUAUUUGGGAAGGAAGGACACACAUGGAUUUUGCACAUUUCCACCAUGGUGGCUGGUGUGGCUUGUGGCUGUGGGGUGAUCACCAGUAUCACCACUUUGGAAGGGGACAGUGAAAUUGGGGCUAGAGAAGGAACUUUGUACAGUUUUCCCAGAGAUUCAGAUUGACUGAAAAGUCACAUGAAGGGCUGAUUGGCCUUUAAUGGUAUGUUUUAAACAGCUGACAUUUUAAAUUUUGAUGAAAUCCAGUUUAUUCGUUUGUUCUUUUAUGCUUUGGGUGUUGCAUCCAAGAAAUCUUUUCCCAUCCCAAGGUCACAAUUUUUUUUCCUUUUUACUUCUAGAAGUGUUACAAUUUUAAGCUUUAUACUUUGGUCUAUGACCUGUUUGUUUUUUUUAUUUUCGUUUGUUUCUUUGUUUUGAGAUGGAGUCUCGCUCUGUCACCUAGGCUGGGGUGCAGUGGCGUGAUCUCGGCUCACUGCAAUCUCUAUCCCCUGGGUUCAAGUGAUUCUCUUGUCUCAGCCUCCCAAGUAGCUGGGAUUACAGGCGCAGGCCGCCACGCCCGGCUAAUUUUUGUAUUUUUAGUAGAGACAGGGUUUUACCAUGUUGGCCAGGCUGGUUUCAAACUCCUGACCUCAAGUGACCCACCUUGGCCUCCCAAAGUUUUGGGAUUACAAGUGUGGGCCACCGCGCCCAGCCUAUGAUCCAUUUUGAAUGAAUUUUUUAUAUGGUGCAAGGUGUCAAUCCACCUUCACUUUUUCUUGGGAAUAUAGAUAUCCAGGUAUUUCACUACCAUUUUUUGAAGGGACUGCCCUUAGCUCUAUCACCUUUGCAUUUUUGUUAAAAAGUAGUUGUCAGUGUAUAUGUGGGUUUAUUUCAGGACUCCAUUUUGUUCCAUUGACCUGUUUUUCUCUCCUGAAUGCCAGUGCUGUAUUUGUAUGUAGUGGAUGUAAUUUUCUAAUCAUUCUUGAAAUAGUAUUAAUGCAUCAUAUUUUUGCUGUUGUUUGUAUUUUUUGUAGAGAUGGGGUUUCACCGUGUUGGCCAGGCUGUGUUGAACUCCUGAGCUAAAGCAAUCCACUUGCCUCGUCCUCCCCAUGUGCUGGGAUUACAGGCGUGAGCCUUGGCGCUGGCCCAGUGUACCACAUUUCUUUUUGAGAUUUGUUUUGGCUGUGUUAAGUCCUUUGCUUUUGAUGUGAAAUUUGGAAACAGGCAGAGUGUGGUGGCUUAUGCCUGUAAGCCUAGAACUUUGGGAGGCCUAGAUGGGUGGAUCACUUGAGCUCAGGAGUUCCAGACCAGCCCGGGCCCAUGGCAAAACUCCAUCUCUACAAAAAAUACAAAAAAUUAGCCAGUUGUGGUGGUGCAUGCCUGUAGUCCUAGCUACAUGGCAGGCUGAGGUGGGAGGAUCACUUGAGCCCCGGAGGUCAAGGCUGCAGUGAGCUGAGAUCACACCACUGCACUCCAGCCUGGGUGACAAAGUGAGACUCUAUCUCAAAAAUAAAUUAGGAUCAACUUGUCAAUUUCUACAACAACAACAACAAAAACCCCUGUUAGGCACCUUGAUUGAGAUUGCAUUGAAUUUAUAUAAAACUGUUGGGAGAAUUGACAUCUUAAUAAUACUGAGUCUUUUGGCUUAUAAACAAGAUCUGUCUUCCUAUGUAUUAAUGUUUCUGUCUUCUAUUUCUCUUAAUAAUCUUUUGUAGUUUUCAGUGUACAGGUCUACCAUGUCAGCAUUUCAUAGUUUUGAUGCUAAAUGGUAUUUUAAAAUUUCAAAUUCUAACCACUUUUUGCUAGUAAAUAGAAAUACAAUUGAUGUUGAACUUGUAUCCUUCAGCCUUGCUAAACUGUGAGUUCUCAUGGUGUUUUUGUAAAUUACAUCAACAGUCAUGUGUUCUAUGAAUAAAGAGUUUUAUUCCUUCCUU